AACGCAGCCUCUAUGACGUCUCGGGUAGAAACGGACUUUGUUUUUAUUCCAGCCAUGGCGUUUACCUAGUAGUUAGCGUCCAGCAAAUAGAUUUUAUUACACGUCGAUCAUUUAUUUUACAUCGCAGCAAGUUAUCUACCAGGUGAAAAGAACAUCUUUAAGAGAAGUAUUUAAAUCUAGAUCUAGCUUCUGCUCAUUUACACUCAGUUUUAGAUACACGUGAUAUAGAUUCUAACAAGAAGAUGGAAGAACAAAAUUUUAUGAACAUGGAUCCCGAAUGCGAGCGACCCAGAAAUUACGAGGAAGCGGUCAGCGGAGAAGUGUCGUGGGAUAACUACGGUUUCCGCAUCAAGUGGACUGAACCGGAAGUUCCAGGCGAGUUCAGGAACCCGUGUAAUGAGCCAUUGAGGCUAAGGUUGUGCGUGGAGACGAAGACAAGUCUGCAAGUCCCGCCUGAUGACAUCACAGCUUGGUGUUGGACUAACAUGAGAUUUGACGGAAACCCCUAUGGCAUCUGGAAAGAAAUCAACCUGGAAAACCUACCCAAAUGCACUCAAUGGGACGACCAUGGCAUCAACUCGUACGUCUUCCAGUCCUACGUGGUACCUACAAUGAACAACAACUACAGGCUGACAUUUAACGUGAAAUUCGGCAAAAUCAUGAUCUGGGCUAACAAAUUUCAAGUGGAUAAUAUUCUGGACAUCCUGCAAAAACCUGCUGUGGGCACACAGACAACAAUUUAUCCAUCUGUUCACUUCGCAUGUAACUUCACGGAUGAAAAACUUCCAUUCAAGAAUGCGGACGACGAACAAGAACUUAGGAAGCAGAUGUCUAUUGUUGAAAGUGUCAAGAAUUUCGCUACCGAAAGUCCCAAGACCGCUCCAAGUGUCAAGUCAGUCCAUUCAAAUGCCGAAUCUGUCAAGAAUGCCCCCAGUGUCAAGUCAGUGCAUUCUAAAGCAGAAACGGUUAAGUCUGUCCAUUCAAGUAUUCAGUCGAAAACUCAGAGCAAAGCAAGUCUUAAUCAGGAUGGUGAGCCACCAGCAGAGGAGGAAGUGGAGGUCGUUCUCAUGGGCUAAAGGUCGUCACGUGCUCAUCACAAAUCUUCGACCAUCUAUUGGAUGAUGCAUGGACAAUGCGACACCUAACCGCAUGUUUUUUUAUUUCAUCUCUGGAGUGUGAAAGUUCGUGGCUGCCAGUCUACCACCUUACUGCCUAUUGUAACAUCAGUACGUUUCUUGACAUUCAAAACACAAAAUAAACGAUCGACGUUAG